AUGCUUCUAGAGAGCAAGGAGGAUGGAUUGGGCACAGACAGAGAGAGGUGUGACAGUGAAGGGGGCACAGACAGAGAGAGGUGUGACAGUGAAGGGGGCACAGACAGAGAGAGGUGUGACAGUGAAGGAGGCACAGACAGAGAGAGGUGUGACAGUGAAGGGGGCACAGACAGAGAGAGGUGUGACAGUGAAGGGGGCACAGACAGAGAGAGGUGUGACAGUGAAGGGGGCACAGACAGAGAGAGGUGUGACAGUGAAGGGGGCACAGACAGAGAGAGGUGUGACAGUGAAGGGGGCACAGACAGAGAGAGGUGUGACAGUGAAGGGGGCACAGACAGAGAGAGGUGUGACAGUGAAGGGGGCACAGACAGAGAGAGGUGUGACAGUGAAGGGGGCACAGACAGAGAGAGGUGUGACAGUGAAGGGGGCACAGACAGAGAGAGGUGUGACAGUGAAGGGGGCACAGACAGAGAGAGGUGUGACAGUGAAGGGAGCACAGACAGAGAGAGGUGUGACAGUGAAGGGGGCACAGACAGAGAGAGGUGUGACAGUGAAGGGGGCACAGACAGAGAGAGGUGUGACAGUGAAGGGGGCACAGACAGAGAGAGGUGUGACAGUGAAGGGGGCACAGACAGAGAGAGGUGUGACAGUGAAGGGGGCACAGACAGAGAGAGGUGUGACAGUGAAGGGGGCACAGACAGAGAGAGGUGUGACAGUGAAGGGGGCACAGACAGAGAGAGGUGUGACAGUGAAGGGGGCACAGACAGAGAGAGGUGUGACAGUGAAGGGGGCACAGACAGAGAGAGGUGUGACAGUGAAGGGGGCACAGACAGAGAGAGGUGUGACAGUGAAGGGGGCACAGACAGAGAGAGGUGUGUGACAGUGAAGGGGGCACAGACAGAGAGAGGUGUGACAGUGAAGGGGGCACAGACAGAGAGAGGUGUGUGACAGUGAAGGGAGGUGUGUGACAGUGAAGGGAGCACAGACAGAGAGAGGUGUGUGACAGUGAAGGGAGGUGAGUGACAGUGAAGGGAGCACAGACAGAGAGGUGUGUGACAGUGAAGGGAGGUGAGUGACAGUGAAGGGAGCACAGACAGAGAGAGGUGUGUGACAGUGAAGGGAGGUGUGUGACAGUGAAGGGAGCACAGACAGAGAGAGGUGUGUGACAGUGAAGGGAGGUGAGUGACAGUGAAGGGAGGUGAGUGACAGUGAAGGGAGGUGAGUGACAGUGAAGGGAGCACAGACAGAGAGGUGUGUGACAGUGAAGGGAGGUGAGUGACAGUGAAGGGAGCACAGACAGAGAGGUGUGUGACAGUGAAGGGAGGUGAGUGACAGUGAAGGGAGCACAGACAGAGAGGUGUGUGACAGUGAAGGGAGGUGAGUGACAGUGAAGGGAGCACAGACAGAGAGGUGUGUGACAGUGAAGGGAGGUGAGUGACAGUGAAGGGAGCACAGACAGAGAGGUGUGUGACAGUGAAGGGAGCACAGACAGGGAGGUGAGUGACAGUGA